CGACGCGCGGGGGCGGGGCCAGCCCUAAGGCGUCCGUGCUCGCCCUCUGAAGGCAGCCGGUUCCCACUCGGCGCAAGGUCGCUGGGCUCCCUCACCAGUAGUCUGGCCCUGCGCGUGCGCCAACUUCCAGUCGCUAGAAGGGCCGAGCAGGUUCGGUGAGGUUCUGACGUCUCCUCUCUGCCGCCAUGGCUGAGAUGCAGGUGGACUUAGAUGGAGAGCCGGGUCCCGACUUUGUGGUAGCCGCCAGGGAAGGACCUGAGGUGUCCUCGUCUGGGACCUCGAAGUCCGAGAACUUUGACAGCAACUGCGUGUUCUGUCGCAUCGCGGCGGGCCUGGAGCCCAGCACCGAACUCUUACACUGCGAGAAUGAAGACCUAGCUUGUUUCAAAGAUAUCAAACCAGCGGCGCUGCAUCAUUAUCUUGUGGUGCCAAAGAAGCAUGUGAUAAACUGCAAGGAUCUAAAUAGAGAUCAAAUAGAAUUGGUUGAGAGCAUGGUAGCUGCUGGAAAAGCUAUUCUUGAAAGGAAUAAUUUCACCGACUUCACAGAUGUGAGGAUGGGCUUCCAUACGCCACCAUUCUGUUCCAUUUCUCAUCUGCACCUUCAUGUUAUAGCACCAGUCAAAGAGUUUGGCUUCUUAUCCAAAUUGAUGUACAGGCCAAAUUCUUACUGGUUUGUCACAGUUGAAUGUUUGCUUGAAAAGCUAAAAAAAAUGUAAACCAUGGACAAGUUCUUUAACCUGCCUCAGGAUGAGCUACUGUCUUGCUCUCUUUGAAGGCUAAUUGCUCUCUGAAAGUUUGCUGGGUUAUACACAACACUACCACUGAGUAGCCUUACAUUUUUCUGAAUAUCUGUUUUCUUACAUCAUCCAUAUAGCUAUGUGAGAACUUUCUCACUGAUUUCUUUGUUUUAAUGAUCAUUUGUGUAGGGUUUAUGCUUAAGGUACUAUAGCUAAAAGUCCAUUUAAUGCAAAUUCUGUUAAUCAAGAUAUAUCCCAUAUAUAUUUUUUUUAAUUCAGGCUUCUUUUACUCAAGCUCUUAAUAAUAAUUUAUGAUGAAUAAACUGGGAUUAAAAAUCAGAACUUUUAUUACAGUGAAGGAGAAAAAGAAAUUAGCCAUUUUAUUAUAGUUCUGCAUUCUUACACAUAAAUUUUCAAAACAAAGAAUACCAUGCCACCACUGUACUCUGAUCUUGAUGAUAAUAACAGUUAUAUAUGUCACACACACACACACACACACACACACACACAUACACACAUGCACACACUUGUUAGUAUUCUCUUAGCCAUCAGGAAGAUAUUCUCCAAGUCUCUCAGUGAGUACCUGAAACCCAGGAUAAUACUAAACCCUAUAAUGUAUCCUGUGCUUUUCUGUCAUAUGCAUACCUUAGAUAGAUAGAGUAUAACAGGCACAAGAAGAGAUUAGUAACAAUCAUAAUGAAAUAGAACAAUGAUAGUAGUGUACAUUUAAAAUACUGCCAAUGUUCAUGAUUGUGCUUUGUUCCCAUAGUAAGUUGAAUGCAGCUACUGUGAUGCUAUGACAGUUAAUCGAAUAACUGGGGUGGUUACUAUAAGUGGGUAAUGUAUACAGACAGUGUGGAUGAUUCUUAUCACAGGUGGGAUAGAUAGAGUAGGACGGUGUGAGAUUUCAUUUUUAUGUACAGAAUUGCAUGUAAUUUAAGAAGUAUGAAUUGUUUAUUUCUGGCACUUUCAUUUAAUAUUUUGGGUUAACCGUAGGUAACAAAACUAUAAAAGUUAGAUCACAGAAGGUGAAGCUUUAGAUGAGAGGGAACUACUUUAAUAUAAUUCUAAAUGAGAAUUUAUAGUAACCAGCAACAUGGUUAUCUUAACAAAAUUUAUGUGCAGUUUUACCCAUUAAGAGACAAGGAAGAAACACAAAUUAGUAUUGUACAAAAACUGACAGAUACUGUUGUCAUAUGUAUUUUUUUUUUAAUGAAAGGAAAACAAAAGUAAAUAGUGGCUAGAUCCAGUCUUACUGUGAAAAAAGACUUGAUUUGAAUGUAGAAAGAGACAUAGAUAAAAACGUUUGUCAUGCUAACAGUGCUAACACUGCCGGCAUAUCAUUUAGUUAGUGUUUAUUGGCAGUUGUCCUUUAGAGGUGUCCACACACGGUAGUGACUGAAGGGAGAUGAGGUGUUGAAAGCUAAUUCUACAUGUGCCAAUGUCAAAUAGUAUUAUGUAUAUAAAUGUAAAGACUAAUACAUUAAAGAAAUCUGCUGAGAUUUUUAGUUUUCGUUUCUUGUUUUGGCAUGAUAUUACGCGAUUUUAAGUAACAACACUUAUUACAGUUCUUGGUUACAAUAUCUGUAAUCAGGUGUUCUCUACUAGGAUUAAAAUUCAUUAAUUCAGCAAAUAAUUUUUAAUAUUUAAUGAGUACCAAACACUGCUGGGAAGUAAAGAAAUGAUAGCUGUCAGUAUACAUUCAGUUGGCAAUGCUAUGGGAGUAAGACAAAAAGGAUUUAUUUGAUUUUAGUAUGUUAAGUGUGGUAAUGUCGAUAAAAGAGGUAAUGAAAGGGAGACCACUGAUGAGAAUAGGUAAUAGGUCACAAAAACAGAAAUUGAAGACUCAGCGUUAGGCAGAUGGUGGGAAAGCGGAGAACCUUGAGUUCUGUUUCCACUGUUAAUUUAUACAAAGGUCUGACAGCUUAUUCACUAGAAGAUGGAUAAAGGGAUUUCCAUGUAGGGGCUAUGUGCUCUCAGAAUUAGAUUUAUAGGCUUUAUAGCACUCCCUUGUAUAAUAGCUUUCUGAUCAUUUGUAUAGCUAACAAUCAUGUUUUUUUUUUUCUAUACCAA